AUGGCCGACGACGCGCAAACGCUCGACCCAUGGCGAUUCCAGGAUUGGGUGCGGUCUGUACAGCGAAAAAUGCUAGCGGCCGCGGACGAGGAGAGCGUGUCGCUGCGUGCGUCGCUACUGGAGGCGUACACUCAAAUGCACGCAACCAUGGCACUCCGUCCGCACGCUUGGCAUCUGCUGCUCAGUGUUGAGCUUGCCAACGCGCUCGACACACACACGCGUUUUGAGGACGUGCUUGCGAUGCACGAGCAGGCGACGCGCGAUGCGCUUGACAUAAGCUUGUACGUGCGGUACGCGAGCUUCCUCAUUGCCUCGUUCGCGGCUACGUCGCGCGUCGCGGUGCCUGUCGACGUGCGCAAUGCACGCUUGUCCAACGAACACGGUCAGCCUACUAAUCUGGACGGCGUACUACGCGCCUGGACAGGCCUGGAAGAGCCGGUGCCGAUUGCGCAGAACGGUACCUAUUUGGACGCUGCGCGUCUUGCGUCGCUGCACAUUGACGACACCAGUGCGCUGGACGAAGACAGUGUGCGGUCGGCGCUGCGUGCGCUGUAUGGGAGGUGUGCAUGGCACGUCAAUGAGAGCAGUGCUGUGUGGGACAUGUACCUUGUCUUUGAGAAGGCAUUCUUGGAUGCGGAUCCACGCGACGAGGCCCGUGUGGAAAUGGUGCGCCAAGUAUUUCUCGCACGGCUCCAAGUGCCGCACCGCUCGUUGACGCACACGUUUGAGCAAUUCAGCACGUUUGUAUCGAUGUAUCUACCAGCGGAAGCGUACGAGGAGACCAUGGCGUCUGCGAACAAGCUGUACGUCGCUGCAUUGCACGUGUGGGAAGAGCGUAGCAAGUACGAGGACCGCAUCGCAAAAGCAGACGCUACUUGGGAAGACUGGGAUGUGUACUUAUCGUGGGAGAUGCACAAGGUCAAGUCGAUGCGUGUCGCAAAAGACAAGGCGCUGCUCGCUACGGAAGAGGAGCUGGCCGCGACGCUGUACCGCCGCGCGCUUCACCAGUUCGGUUUCUUUCCACAGUCGAAGGAUGCGUCGAUGGAUGCAGCGUAUGUGUGCCAGCCGCCGACGUUCGCGUUUGAGAAAGCUUGGAAGGCCAAAAAAGGGCGCAAGAGCCAUAAAAUGCAAGAGCGUGAAGCGCAAGAGGCGCGCGUUGAAGCGCGCACACGCAUGUUUGCCGCCGAGUCGCUAUGGCUCGCGUAUGUCGGGCUUCUAAAUACGCCCAAAGCAGAGGCCUCGGGCGUGCUGGACGCAUGCCACGCCGCUGUGCGCAGCGUACCGCCAUCUGGAAAGCUGUGGGCCUUUUACAUGCGCGCGCAAGUGCGCUUCCUCAAACCCAAGGACUACGUCUUGGAGCUAUACCAACGCGUCGUGCAGUCUGGCACCGUUGCGCAAGUCGGCGGCGGCGCUGCGCUUGUGGCGCUGCUCCAAGCGCACGUCGACUGCGUGCGUACGUAUGCGGCGCUUGAAGCGGCGCUUGCGCAGCACAUCCCGCCGGAAGAUGUUGUGCUUGCGCUCGACCUCGAUCAGUUCAUGGCGCUGUACGAAAUUCUUCUUGAGGCACUAGGGCAGGUGGGCGCAUUGCCAGAGGCCGAGCGCGAUGCAUCGCUUACCUUGGAGCGGUACACGGUCGACUGGGUCGAGCGCGCAUUGCGUGCGAUUGCGCAGCAGGGCGGUGCUGAUGCUGCGGCGAGUCUUUAUCCCCUUGCCGAAAACGUCGUGGAGAACACCCUUGUGCAGCAUUCGCUCAACCCCGACGCGUACCUCUUUGCAGCGCAGUUUUUUGCGCGCCACGAUAACGAGAAACGUGCGCGGCAAACGUUCAAGGGCGGCGCGGCCAAGCACGGCAUGGUGAACAAGCUGCCGCUCUUGCAAGCAUGGGUCGAGUUUGAGCACCACCGCGGCCUGCUGCAGGACAUUGACUUUGCCGAAGCACGCACGAAAGUCGAGCAGGAUCGCGUAUGGCGCUCCUAUUACAAGCAGAUGCAGCAGUACCAGGUAGUGCAGCCCGAAACAACUCCGUCACAGCCUGCACCGAAACGCAAGGCAGACGCAGCGAGCCAGGAGGCACCACCCAAAAAAGGGCGCAUCGAGGACGCCGAGACGCCUUCACGCGAUCGUGAGUUUUCGUCAAUCCUCGUUGCGGGCCUGUCCACGCAUACCACCGACGCGGACCUGGCCGCCUUUUUCCGCGAAUCCGGUGUAAUUUGCGACAUGGUCGGACCGCGACCUGUCGAAGCAUAUACUUCUGACGGAGCGCCGACGUCUGCUGCACUUGUCGAGUUUACCGAUCGCGCCAUGGUCCAAGCCGCAAAGACGCGCGACCUAAAACGCCUGCAUGACUUCGAGGUGCACAUUGCGUUGAGCUACGAAUGUACGCUGUACGUGACCAACUUUGGGCCGGAUACGGACGAUGCGCUUCUCCGCGAACGCUUUGCCAAAUACGGCGCGAUUUUCGACGUGCGCUGGCCGAGCCGCAAAUUCGCGCAAUCGCGCCGCUUUUGCUACGUGCAGUACACGACGCCCGCUGCAGCACUCGCCGCACUCGCCGAGCACGGCCAGUACUGGCAGCCCGAACACCCACUCCAAGUAUUUUUAUCGAAUCCUGCGCACAAGAAAGAGCGCUCCGACGCGGACGCCAAUGAGCGCGAGCUGUACAUGACCGGACUACCGCGCUCCGCAACCGCUGAUGAUGUCCGUGCUUUCUUUGCAGUUCACGCGCCUGUGCAAGACGUGCGUGUGCCGUUGCUGCCCAAUGGCAAGAGUCGCGGAAUUGCCUUUAUCAAUUUUGCCUCCGCGCUCGAUGCGCGGCGCGCUAUGCAAGCGACCAACAGCACGAAGCUCAAGGGGAGCCUUGUCGCUGUGAUGCUUGCCGAUGCAGGUCGAAAAAGGACACAGCGUGCGUCACAGCGCGAUGAUGAUACUCGCGCACGAACUGUGCGCAUUUGCGGCCUUCCAGGCGAUGCACAAGAGGCUCUCAUUCAGCAGGCGAUGGAGAAAGCGCUGGGGCCUGGCACGGUGCGCCGCAUAUUCUGGACGCCGUCGCGGCAUGCGCUCGACGCGACCGAUGCCGACGCGCUCGUCGAGUUUGCCGACGUCGAGACGGCUGGCAAAGCUGCGCUCGGAGCUGGUAUCACCUAUGCAGACACCCAUCCGCUCACGCUUGAACCACAUGCAGCCACACUGCUGCCCACUGUCAAAGGCCCUAGUGCCUUUGUACCGCGCGCGCCCUCUGCCGCGCGCGGCAGAGGGCGCGGUAGGGCGCUGGGAUUUGCACAUGUGCAUACGGCAAGCAACGACGCAAAGCCAAAAGGACAGGAUGCAUUUCGCGAGAUGCUGUAUAAGAACUAG